AUGGACUCUUCACAGUCUCACACAAAGGAUCUCGAGACCGAGGUUUCAGUUAAACCGCAGUCUCACGAUGUGGAAGAAGGCACCACGCAACCGGCGGAGGGCCAUCUUAAGCGUGACCUGCGCAGUCGACACAUGCAGAUGAUUGCUAUCGGCGGCGCUAUCGGUGCUGGUCUCUUCGUCGGUUCUGGAGGUGCUCUUUCCAAGGGUGGUCCUGCGUCUCUGGUUAUUGAUCUCAUCAUCGGCGUCAUGUUGCUCAUGACUAAUAUGGCACUUGCGGAAAUGGCUGUUCUGUAUCCCGUCAACGGUGCCUUCUACACUUACAUUGUCCGCUUUGUUGAUCAAUCGUGGGGAUUUGCCUGCGGUUGGGAAUACGCUCUGUCCUGGCUCACCGUUCUCCCCUUUGAGUUGAUCGCCGCAUCUAAGACGAUUGAGUUUUGGCGCACCGAUAUCCACAUGGCCGUGUGGGUAACCGUCUUCCUUUUCGUUCUCGUCGUUGUGCAAGUCUUUGGUGUCCGUGGCUAUGGCGAAGUCGAGUUUGUUCUUUCCAUCAUCAAAAUCUGCGCUUGCGUGGGUUUCAUUAUCCUCGGCAUCAUUAUCAACUGUGGCGGUGUCGGCAACCAGGGUUACCUUGGCACAAAGUACUGGCACGAUCCUGGUGCCUUUACUAACUUCAAGGGCUUCUGCGCCGUCUUUGUCGUUGCGGCCUUCGCCUUUGGUGGUACUGAGAUGGUUGGUCUCGCUGCUGCUGAGUCUGCGAACCCUCGAAAGUCCAUUCCCACUGCUUCCAAGCAGGUCUUCUGGCGUAUCGCCCUGUUCUACGUCAUCAACCUCUUCAUCGUCGGCACCAUUCUCCGAAGCGAUGAUAAGCGUCUCCUAGGUGCGUCUGGUGCUAAUACCAAGGCCUCGCCUUUCGUCUUGGCUAUCCAGGAUGCCGGCAUCAACGUCCUUCCGUCCAUCUUCAACGCAGUCAUCACCAUCUCCGUCUUGUCUGUCGCCAACUCGUGCACUUUCGGUUCCACUCGAACCAUGCAGGCCAUGGCGACUCGCGGACACGCCCCCAAAUUCCUCAACUAUAUUGACAGCAAGGGUCGCCCUCUCUGGUGCGUCGUCAUCCAACUUGCUUUCGGUCUCCUGGCCUACGUCGGCGAGUCUCCUCAAGGUGGUAAAAUCUUUGACUGGCUUCUUGCCCUUUCCGGUCUCGCAUUCCUCUUCGUCUGGGGCAGUAUUUGCCUUGCCCAUAUCCGCAUGCGCGCUGGUUUCAAGGCCCAGGGUAUCAACUUGAAGCUUGUCCCCUACAAGUCUCCGUUCGGCGUCAUCGGCAGUGCCCUCGGCCUUGGUCUGAACAUUCUUGCUCUCGUCGCCACCUUCUACUCUGCUCUUUUUGCUGCUAGUGGCGCACCACCAACUGCUGAGGCUUUCUUCAUGUCCUUCCUCGCCGGCCCCGUCAUCCUCUUCCUGUACCUCGGUUGGAAGAUUCACUCCCGUGACUGGAAGUUGUACGUCAGGGCCAGUGACAUGGAUCUUCAAACGGGAAUUGUCUUGCUUGAAGAGGAGGAACCUGAGGAGGAGAAGACUUGGGCCAAUCUACCCAAGCGCAUUCUGCGUGCAGUUAUCUAA